AUGCGCAACUUGGCCAAGUGUUUUUUCAACGGCUGCCCCCACGAGGCGGUCAUCGGGUCGUGGAAAUGCAUGUUUCACAUGCAUCGAUUUAUCUGCUCCAUGCCCCACUGCCGCAACCAAGUGUACGCCCGCAACCGCUGCGUUCGUCACGGAGGGAAAAAGCGUUGCGAGGUCGACGGAUGUGUCCUGAACCGCCGCCUCGGGCGCUUUUGCGUUAAACACGGCCCCCCCACCUCAGUAAAACUCUGCAACGAACUGGAUUGUUCAAAGCAUGCCCAUUUGCAUGGCAAUGCUGGGAUGCCCAUCGCAUGCAUUCGACACACGCCAUCCAAGUUGAUAAAGCCCCGUUUUGAGGACUACGGAGCCCCCCAAAGCAGCAGCGACAGUGUGGACGAGUCCAUUUUGGACCUGCUGCUGCAAACUACGCCAGCGUUUACAAAAGAUGACUUGACAGGGCCACUGCUGGAUUGGACCUCUGUGAUUGGGGUGAUUGAAGACGCGUUAAAGUGGGAUGACAACACCGGUCUGCUGGCACCCCCAACGCCCAAAUUCCACGCGUUUGAUUAA